AUAUCGCAAUUGAACCAUUUUCGAGUGCCUCGAAGAAAGAUCAUCCUAAUCAUGGGAUAUUCACAACGUCCCAAUUUUUCAAUGCUUUGAGUGGAUUCUCACCCACCUUCCGAAACGACGUCUUGAACAACGAGGCUCUGGAUAGAGUAUCCGAGGAUGCGUUCAGAGUAUAUGGUGAUUACUGGCUUCUACUGGGUGCGAUAAUGGAAUAUGCACCAACUCAACUAGCUCUAUCUUUCCAUAGAGACAUGAGCUUCAGCCAUUUUAUCGUUGACUAUCUGAAGCACGACGCACCACCCACUUCAAACAUUUCUUAUUGUCGCCCUGACACCUUUCACGAGCGAAAAUGGUGCUACCCACAUCAUUCUGGGCAGCCAUAAGUGGCAAUCCAUUGAUGGUGCCACGAUGGAUCAGGCUGUUCGUGCCGUGAUGAACCUUGGAGAUGCUCUGGUGCUUAUCGAUGGCAUGGUGCAUUGCGGAGGCGCCAAUAUUACAGAAACCGAGUUCACUCCGCUAGAGAAGGCUUCUUGGAUGGGCAAGUCAACGAUCCUCUGCGCCACGUGA